AUGUCCAUUAGUCCCAGGGACAAUCAGUUACCAAGGAGUAUUCUAGAUAUUGAUGAUGAAGAUAUAACAGAUAAUACAGGAUCUAGUUCCCCUUAUAAUGAUGAACCAGUUCAAGAUCCAACUUGGAUAAAACAAUUACAAAAAUCAAAUUUCCCAAGCACAUCAAGGUUUUUCGAUAAAAUUUCCUUACCAGAUUUAAAAUCAUAUACACCAACUAAUGAUGAAAAUAAAAGGAUACUGUUCAAUGGGAAUUUAUCAAGUAUAAGUUAUAAUCCAUUUUUAUAUCCUCAACAAGAUUCUGGCAAUGCACCAAUUGAUUUUGAUAAUUUGCCUAAGAAAAUUAACAUUGAACCUACAGCAAUAAGUAAUGAAAUUCCAUGCUAUGAAUUAACUCAAGAACAGCUCAAAGAUCCAAUUUCGUUUCUAAAAAGUGUUCAAGAUCAAGGUGAAAAAUUUGGUGCAAUUAAAGUUAAGCUACCGGAUACCGAAAAAGAAUCAUUUCAUAAAAAUAUACAAGUCAAUGCUAAUUUAUUCUGGUUUCAAACUAAUAAAUUGUUGAAUAAUCCACCCGAUGAUGAAUUAUAUUUAAGAUUAUCAUUUCAUAAAAAAUUGAUUGAAUUUCGAAAGGGUAAAGAUUUCAAAAAAUUCCUGACGGAGUCAGAUAAUAAAUCAGAAUAUACAUUAAACAACUUACCAAUGAUUGAAAACCGACCAUUGGAUUUGUAUAAAUUAUUUCAAUCAAUAAUGUUAAAAGGUGGUUUCAUCCAAGUUAUUAAUAAUAGAUUGUGGCCUCAAGUUGGUAGAGAGUUAGGUUAUAAAGGAGAAAUUGCAAAACCUUUAACUGAUUUAUUGGAUUCAACAUAUAAAUUAUUAUUAUAUCCUUAUGAGUUGUACCUUACGGAGCAAAAUGAAGAAAGAAUUAAUAAUAAAAAGAGAAAUAUUCAGCCAAUAGCAGCAAAUAAAAGAGCAAGAUCCGAUAAUACAAUUCCACCGUUGAUAAUUGGAUCAGCUAAAGAUUAUAGAAGAUCAGUAAAUUUAAAAAGUGCAAAAGGCUUUUUAUUAAAUGCACCUCAUUUAGUUGAAGUUAAACAACCACCAACAUUUACGAUACAAGAGAUAGUGACAAGAAACAGACGUUCACAAGAUUUAACGUACACAUCAAUACGACCACAAACAGAAUUUGAUAAAUGUAUGAUGGAAAUAUCAAAUUAUCAAGAUGAGCUGAAAUCAAAAUCAUCUCCUAGUAUUUCAUCAAUAUAUAAUUUAAGACAAUUUAUGGAAAAAGAUUUGAAAUUUCAAGAUUUUUUAAUACAGAAUAGUAAAUUGAAUUUUAAUAGAGAUACUGUGAAACUGGAUGAAUUUGAAUCCUUGUAUUGGCAAUAUGCAAGAGGUGAAGUCAGUCAUUUUUUGAAAAAUGGUCUUGAAUUAGAAAUGGGCAAAGAUAUACCUUCAAGAAUAAACGGAUCAGCUUUUGUUAGAAUGGGUGAUGAUUUGAUUAAUUAUAAAAUUGCAUUAAAUGCUGAUAAACCUAACGCAAAUAGUCAUCAAACAAGUGAAAUGUUGAAAUUAGCAUUACAUCCAUGGAAUUUAAAUAAUUUAUCACAUUUACCAAAUUCUGUCCUUGGUGCAUUAAAUGAUUCAAAUGUAAAUAAUCAAGAUUUGAAUGAAACAAGAAUAAAUAUUGGAAUGACAUUUUCAACUGAAAAUUGGACUUGUGAAGAUCAUUUCACUCAAUUAAUGAAUUAUCAAUUCUUUGGUGCUUGUAAAAAGUGGUAUUUUAUACCCGAACUGGAAUUUGACAAAUUUGAACAUUUACUUUCAAAAAUAAAUAAAGAUAAAAAUAGGGCAAAUAUAAAUAAUCAAGGUGAAAUCGAUAUCCAUAGAGUUUUAGUUUUACUUACAAAAAAACUUGCUUCCGAUGAAAUUGAUUAUGAUAUUUUACACAGAACUCUAGAUAAUAUCAUCCCUACCAAGCGAGAUAUACGAUUAGAUUUGAAAGAUGAUAAAUUGAACAAAUUACUAAAAAAAGAAGAAUUUCAAUAUAAUCAAGAAUUUAUGAUUACACCAGAAUUAUUACAACAACAUGAGAUUAAAUUUACAUCUACUAUUCAGCAACCAGGAGAAUAUAUCAUAAAGUUUCCUAAAACAUAUUCAUCGACAAUAUCAUAUGGAUUCAACUUUAGUGAGGAGGCCAAUUUUGCAACAGAACAUUGGUUAGAUUAUGCAGUUGAAGGAGAAGAAUGGUUACUUAAACAAAAAAUUUUACCAAAUUUACUGAUUUUUAAAAUGAUUAUCGAUUUAGCAAUAGCAUAUGAUACAGGUGGACAUAUAAUGUUCAAUCAUGAAAUAUUUGAUAGAAUUGCAUUAGUUUAUAAAGAUUUAUACAAAUUUGAAAUUGAACAAAGAAAUCAAAUUAGAGAUUUAAAAGUUAAAGAAGUUGUUAUUGAUGAUAACUUAAAUCUGAUUUCAGAUGACACGUUUGAAAACGCAUAUCCAACAAGAAUAGUUGUUUUUGAUGCACAUGCACAACCAAUUGUUUUAUCAAUGACUUCAUUUUUGGAAAAAGUGAAAAGUUUACAAAAUUAUAAUAUUGAAAUGCAAUGCGUAUAUUCAGAUGAACAGUUGGAGAAAUUUCAUAAGAUAUUACGUGAUUAUAGUAUAGAUUAUCAAGCUUGGAAUGCAAAAUAUGAAGAAGCGGUAAACAAAGAAUAUGAAGUUACUUUGGAAGCUUAUGGACAAUUGUUAAAAGAAGGUGAGAAAAUUUAUACAGCUUUAUCAACAUCAUCUAUAACGAAGGACAGAAGUGAUGAAAACGUUGAAAUUAAAAAGUUUUAUUCGCAAGUGGAAAAUUUACGAGAGUUUGUCUCAAAAUCAAAUAAAUUCAUUGAAGAUUGUCAAAGUAUACUAGCUAUUAAGCAUCAAAAAAAAAUAAGAAACGCAAGUGAUAUAAAUAGGAAAGAUACAUGUCCAUCAUUUGAUGAUUUAAUGAAAUUGAUCUCAAAAAUUCCAAAAGUAAAUUUUACAAGUCCAGAAAUUAAAGAAAUUUUGGAGCUUAAGAAUGAAAUUGUAGAUUUUGACAAAGCCAGUCGAGCAUUAUUAUCUAAAAAGAAUAAAUCAUUCCUGGAGAUUACAAAUUUGAUAAAUUUCGGUGAAAAAUUCGGAAUUGAAAUACCCUCAUUAAACUUUUUAAUCAGAGUAAAAAGAAGGUUAGAAUGGAUCAGAUUUUAUAAUUUAAUAGAAAAAGGAGUUGAUCCAUAUGCUGAUAGAAAUGAAGUAUUUACAAUAACAGAUUUGGCAGCGCUUUAUAAAUCAGGUAUUGACAUAUUAUCGAGUGACGAUGUUGAGAUGAUGAAAAGGGUGGAAGAUAUAUUGAUUGCAAGUCAAAAGUUUGAUCAACAAAUUUCUGGAUUUUUGAAAUAUCAUUAUGUAACAGAUUUAGAUUUAAAAUUAUUAAAUGAAAUUAUUGAAAGAUUUAAUGAAGAGAAAUUAUUCAUUUCACUUGAAAAUUAUACUGAAUUAUCUAAUCUUCAUGAUAAUUUAGCAUUAAUUAAUAAGUUUCUGGAUCUUGAUCAAAGUACUUACGAAGGUAUUAAGCAAUUGGAAAGUUUAAUGACAGGCAGCGGAUUGAAAUUUAACAAUAGUGCUAUCUCUAAUGCAGUUGCAGAAACAGAAAAUUGGAUCAAUUCAAUUUGGUUACAAGAAUUCCGCAGAAUCAUUAUAAUUUCAACUUUGGAAAAGAAUACUGAAGUAGAUAAAUCAGCAGUUAAUCCUGAUUUACUUAGGAAAUUAGAAUGGUUGUAUAAUAAGGUAAAAUACAGUUUUAAUGAUGAUGAUAAAUGUACUGAAAGCACAUCCUACUUGACUAGAAAUAAAAAGACUGAAACUGCAAAAUAUUAUUGUAUAUGUAGAGAACCUGAGUCUGGAACAAUGGUUGCUUGUGAUAGAUGUUUAGAAUGGUAUCAUGUGGGUUGUGUUAAUGCAGUUGCAAAUAGUGAAAAUUAUGUAUGUCCAAUAUGUUUAGCUGAUGCUAAAACUAAUGAUAGAGUUUCAGAUAGACAAAUCCCAUAUGCAAGUUUAAAACAAAUUUAUACUACAGGAUUACUUUUAAAAGCAGCGCCACAAAAGGAAUUGAAAUUGAUGAAGGAUAUAAUAGAUAUUGCUGAUAAAUAUUGUAAUAGAAUUCAAGGAAAUAUCAAUAAUAUGUCAAUAAAUUCUGAUUUGAGAUAUAAUUUGGAUUAUUUAAAAUGCAUCAUUAGAAAAUUUUAUGGUUCAGGUAUAUAUUUUGGUGAAUUAUGGUUUAUGAUAUUGAAUUUGAUCAGCAAUAUGGAAGAAGAUUUAAAGGAACAACAUUUAAGACCAAGAGAAUUGAUUUAUGAAGUACAAUAUCAAUCACAAAGCAAAAAACCAUUUGUUAAGGAGGUGAAGGAAUCAGACAAAGGAUUUAAAAUAAUUCCUAAAAAUGGAGCAAGAACUAAUGUUAAAACUAAUGGUCGUAAUGGAAGUUCGGCUUCAACGAGGAAUAAGAAGAAAGAUAAAGGAGCGCCAAGAGUCGCCGAGAAGAAGAAAUGUAACAAAACUGUCAGUAAAGACGGGACCCAAGAGAAAUUGUCUGGAUCUAAUAAUCAACAACUUCCUGAAACCACAAAAAACUUCAGUGGUACCACCAUGAAAGAGACAAUAAAGAGUAAAACUGAAGCAGAAUUGGGCAAUGAAGAAAAUAAAGAACAAUUUGUUGAUAAAAUUGAUGAAAUUUCGUCUGUUGAGGAAAAAUCAGCUGAUAUUAGAGGCAACAAAGAAGUUCAAACAAGUGUUAGAGAAUCAAAAAAUAAGAAAGAGUCUCAUUCAACUAGUGAAUGCUCAUCUCGACCGAGUAUAUCAACUGAAAAAGAAUUAAAACAAGAUAAGGAAGUAAUUGAAAAAUCUAAAAAUAAAGGAGUUCAUGAAUCAGUCGCUGAAUCAGAUCACAAUAUUGAAGAGGAUGGAAACGUCGAAGAAAAAUUAUCAGAUUCGAAUGACAAGAUUGAAGAAGAGAAAGAAAUUGAAGAACCAAAUUCAGAAUCAAGUCAUACAACUGAAAAAAUUAACGAAGUUGAAGAGCGAAUUUGGGAGUCAAACCACACAAUAAUAGAAGAUGAAGAUGUUGAGGCAGCAGCAUCUGAAACAAAGGACAAAAUUGAAGAAGAUCAAGAUGCUGAGAGAUCAGUUUCUGAUUCAGAUCACACUAUAGAUAAGGAUAUUGAAAAGGCAGGUCCCAAUCCAGAUCAAAACAUCGAAAAAGAGAAAGAUUUCGCAAAACCAAAUUCGGAAUCGGAUAAUAUAAUUAUAAAAGAUGAAGAUGUCGAAGAAAUUUCUGAUUCAGAUGACAAAAUUGAAGAUCAUAAUGAAAGUUCACGAGAGGUAAUGGAAAUUAAAUCAAAAAGUAUAGGACCAGAUAAUAGAGAUCGAAAACCGAUAACCGCUAAUGAAACCACAAUUAAUGAAUCGUCUAUAAUGAGAGAAAUAGAUCAAAUUCUUGAUUUAGAUAUUUCAAGAGAAAUUAACGAAUUAACUGAUAAACCAAAUGAAAUAAAAGAAUCAACACCAGAUUUACAAAAUGUAUCAAAAAUGUUACCAUCAAUGGUAUCUGUAACUACUAUAACUUCUAGGAAUUCAAGUACUUAA